AGAGUAGUUUUAGGGGAGCCCUCACCCUCAUUUUCUUAGCAUAUCCUCCUGAUAGCCACCCUGUGAGGACUGGGUGGGACAUGGGUUAGUAAUGUUUCACAGACUAGUAAACACCGGCCCCAGCCCUUGAAUGACCAUCUUCUGACUGUGCCUGACCUUGUCCACUUGCAGUCCCUCAGGGUGGAAGCCGGGAGUGAAGGGCACUCCACCUCUGGGUAGUGUCUGGGCAUACUUCCUGGGAAUCAAGAUCAGCUCCAAUGUUCACAGCUGUAUGUCCCUCGCCCCAAAAGAGGAGCAGGGAAAACAACGUGUCUGGCUCCAAGACAGUCUUGUUGGUAUUUAGAGGCAAGAACUGGAUGCCAUGGUCAGCGUUAACUUCCCUCCAAGACCAGGAGGCAGUGAGCACACAGGGCUCCUUUUCUUAGAUGAUCAGACUGAGGCCAGAGGAAAGCCUGGACUCCCAAGAAAGCCCCGCUGAGUCACCAUCUCCUGAAACCAGACUGGCUUUCCUCAUCACAAAACUUGAAACCCGCCCCCCCCCCCCAAGCCGGACAGAAGGGUCCCCGGGUGGGACCUGGCAGGCCUCUUAAGAUGCAGCAGGGAGUCUCUUGCUGCAGCAACGCGAGUGGGAGCACCAGGCGCCGGGCUCGGAGCCGAACUCCACGGAUCGCUUUAAGAAAAUGGCAGACAAGCCGGACAUGGGGGAAAUCGCCAGCUUCAAUAAGGCCAAGCUGAAGGAAACGGAGACGCGGGAGAACACCCUGCCGACCAAAGAGACCAUUGAGCAGAGUGAAAUUUCCUAAGAACCUAGAGGAUUCCCCACCCCCGUCAUCUUCGAGACACCCCAGUCGUGAUGUGGAGGAAGAAGAGCCACCUGCAAGAUGGACACGAGCGACAAGCUGCUCUGUGAACCGGGCACUCCGUGCCGACGCCACCAGCCUGCGGGUCUCUGAGGGGACCCCCCCCAACUGGACUGCCACAUUCUCCGGUUUGCCCUGGGAUAUUAUAGCAAAUUAUUUGUAUGUUUAAUGAAAAUAAAACAUACCUCGUGGCAAAAAAAAAAAAAAAUGCAGCAGGGAGCUCUGUCCCAGGUUUUGGGCUCUCGAAGAGAAGACGGGAAAGGCUCCUUUGUUGCUAAGACUGAACGCUAAUAAAGCUUAUAGACUUACA